AUGAAUGAAGCUGGGUGUAUGUAUGGGUUACGACCCUACCCAGAUCGGAUAACGAAUGCGUUGAAUCCUUGUUUCAUCUCCGCUGUUUCAAUGGGACAUGCCUUGUUUUUCGGCGCCAUUGGUAUAAUUCAGCUUAUACAUUUGAUAAGGGAAGCCAGAGUCCCACCUCAAUUUCGCUACUCAUCUACCUGGAGAUCUAUGUCAACCAGGCACUUGCUGCAUUUAUGCAGUGUUUCCUUACAGGCAGUUCUACUUUUCUGUGUGAUUGUACUUUCGCCGGUAGAGUCCACCCCAAAAGUUACGGAGUAUAGCAUUAUCGUGCAACUGUUGUACAUUGUACUUAUCUCGUUACCGACUCAAGUGCUCCAGUUCUACAAAUCAACUGUUUCACUAGCAGGCCAGCUCUUUUAUUUUUUGACACAAGCGAUGCUGCUGGGCUAUCAAUUAGGACAGCGUAUAGCGUACCAUCCUGACACCAGGUUCAAUGUGUACACCGGCCACUAUGCUGCUACGAUUGAAGUAGCGUUAUUGUUGAAUUGCUUUUUGAUCUUUUUGUAUGACUUGAAGGCUUAUGCUCCGUCUAAGGAACUUUCCGCUUAUUAUGAGGAGAAGAACCUAUAUCCUGAAUGCAACAUCUUUGAAAAUUUGACUUUCACUUGGAUGAACAAUUUGAUUGUCCAGGUGUUCAGAGAUGGGGAGAUUAAAGAUCCCUACAAAAUGUCACUCCCUCCUGUUAAUCUCGACAUCGGACAGCACGCUCGCGUGCUGGAAGCCAAGUGGGAAGCUGAAAAGUGGAAAGGAAGGAACUCACUUCUUUGGGCCAUCUCUUAUGCUUUUGGAAAAACUAUCAUGACCGCUCUAUCGCUGGAAAUAUUGAAAAGCUUUUUGACCAUUUUACAACCUCAACUUUUGAGAUUAUUCAUCAAUGAAUUCAACAAAGAUCAAGAACGUUCGCAUCCUAUGCUGAACGCAGUCUUUGUUGCAAUCGCACUCUUUCUUCUAAAACUUGUUUCAACGUGCUUGUCAAAUCAGUUCUUUAUCACGAUCUUUGAAGCAGGCAUGGGUAUUCGGGGGUCACUGAUGACAAUGCUCUAUGAGAAAUCAUUAGCGCUUUCUAGCGAGGCCAGGGAGGAUAAAUCUGCGGGUGACAUUUUGAACUUGAUGUCAGUUGACGUCUUGAGAAUUCAGAGGUUUUUCGAAACUUCCCAAGAUUUGAUCGGAGCCCCGAUCGCUCUUAUCACGACGUUGAUUACACUGUACACGUUUUUGGGCUACGCUACUUUAAGUGGUGUUGUUGUAAUGGCAGUCAUGUUUCCCAUUAACAGUUACCUGUCGGGUAAAAUGAAGGGUUACGUCAAAACACAGAUGAAUCACAAAGACACCAGAGUGAAGACGGUGACCGAAAUUUUGAACUCAAUAAAAACUGUGAAGCUUUAUGCUUGGGAGGAGCCAAUGUUGAAAAGAUUGGGCCAUGUUCGUAACGACUUGGAACUGGGUUCUGCGAGAAAAAUUGCUGUCUUCAAUAACCUUACCACGUUGGCUUGGAAUUUUCUUCCUAUUUUAGUGGCUUCUUCGACAUUUUUAAUCUACGCAGUAACUAUGAACAGGCCCCUGACACCAGAUAUUGUCUUCCCAUCGUUGUCACUAUUCGACAUCUUAAACGACUGCAUUUAUACGAUUCCCCGAACAAUCACCAACUUCAUUGAAACUGGAGUGUCGCUUGGAAGGUUAAAAAGCUUUCUACUUGCAAAACAAUUAGACAAGUCGUUCAUUCACUUUGAAGCAUUGCCAACCGAUGAAAAAACACCCGUGAUUGAGCUGAAUAAUGCCACCUUUUUGCGGAGAACGAUAGAAAAAUCUACAGAAACUGAAACCUACGAUGAAGAAGCAAUAAUUGAAAGCUCACGGGUGGCCCUGAAAAACGUGGACGAUUUCAAAGUAUUUAAGGGCCAACUGGUUUGUGUGAUUGGUCGCGUAGGUGCUGGAAAAUCAACUUUUUUGCAGGCGUUGAUGGGCAUGUUGCCAUGUGUCGAGGGGUCAAGAGUGCGUCAACCUUUGACAUUCAACUUUAGAGCUAACUCAGUAGCACUAUGUUCGCAGCAAGCUUGGAUUAUGAAUGGAAGUGUUAAAGACAACAUUCUGUUUGGGCAUAGGUAUGAAGAGUCGUACUAUAAAGCCACUCUUAAAGCCUGCCAGUUACUGCCAGAUUUAGAAAUUUUAGCCGACGGCGAUGAAACAUUGGUCGGAGAGAAAGGUAUUUCUCUUUCUGGUGGACAAAAAGCACGAUUAGCGCUGGCCAGAGCUGUCUACUCAAGAGCGGAUGUUUAUCUUUUGGAUGACAUUUUGAGCGCCGUUGACGCUCAAGUUUGCAAGCACAUUAUUGAUCAGGUUUUGAGCAGAACUCAAGGUCUUCUAAAAAACAAAACAGUUGUCCUCACCACCAAUUCUACGUCUGUACUGAAGUACAGUGAUAACAUUCACGCAUUGGAAGAUGGGGAAAUCAUUGAAAGCGGUACUUUUGACGAAGUCUCUCAGCGUGGUGCAAGUUCUAAGCUCAAGGCGUUGAUUAGUGAUAUCAAUGCCGGCCUGGAGGAAGAAACCGAGGAACAAGUUCAGGAACAACACUUCACUGGAAUAAAGGAGCCGGAUCUAUACGCAAUCGAAGAAGACGAAAUUGGUCUGACAGAUCAUGUGGAGGCGGACAACAUAGUUUCUCAUGCACUUCAGUCGCGUAAAGCUUCGAUGGCAAGUUUAAAACCUCGCGAGAUUGUAGAUCUUAAUGCAGACACUCGAAAGACAAAGCAAAAAGAGGAAACCAAGGAGGUUGGCCGUGUGAAGACUCGGGUUUAUCUCACAUAUCUUAGGGCAUGUGGAAUAGCUGGUGCUCUAAUUUAUCUCUUUAUGUUAAUAAUGUCGCAAACUUUGCACAUUAGUGAGAAUUUCUGGUUGAAGCACUGGUCAGAAGAUAAUCAAUCAAAUGGUGGGAAUAAGAACGUUGGGCACUAUGUGGGCAUUUACGUUCUAAUUUGUUUGGGUUCAUCUUUGUUUGACAACGUCAAAACCAUUAUGCUGCUCCUUGUUUGUUCUAUAAGAGCCUCCGCAAAAUUACAUGACGCCAUGGCACAGGCUGUUCUGAAGAGUCCGAUGAGCUUUUUUGAGACCACACCUGUUGGUCGUAUCAUCAAUAGAUUCUCGAGCGAUAUGAAUUCCGUGGAUGACAAUUUGCAAUAUGUGAUCAGCUUUUUUAUGUUGUGUGUUUUUGACUAUAUUGUUGUCGUCGUUGUCAUUGGCUUCCAAGUUCCCAUUUAUCUCGUUGUUAAUGCAGCUUUAAUGGUUGUUUAUUACUAUUACCAGAUGUACUACGUGACCCUGAGCAGGGAGCUCAAACGCUUGAUGAGCGUUAGUUUUUCGCCCAUCAUGUCUAUGUUGAGCGAGACAUUAUCUGGCCAUAUGGUAAUUGAAGCUUUUGACCAUAAUGACCGCUUCGGGUAUUUCAACCUACAAAACAUCCAAUUCAACAUCAAUUGUGUCUUCAACUUUAGAUCUACGAACAGAUGGUUGUCGGUGAGGCUCGAGUCAAUUGGAGCGCUUAUGAUCUUAACCGUAGCCGUCUUGUCAUUAGCAACAACCUCCAGUCAGAAACCACUGUCAUCUGGUAUGGUAGGGUUACUCAUGAGCUGUGUGCUUCAAGUUACGGACAAGUUGAUGUGGAUUGUCAGAAUGUCAGUGCAGCUUGAGACGAAUGUGGUGUCAGUGGAGAGAAUUGUCGAAUAUUGUGAUCUACCUCCCGAGGCGCCUGCCAUUAUCGAAGACUCGAGACCGGAACAAAAUUGGCCAGCACAGGGUGCAAUCCAGUUUGACAACUACUCAACCAGCUACAGAGCAAACUUGGACCCCGUACUGAAGAACUUGACUGUUGAUAUAAAGCCUAAGGAAAAGAUCGGAAUUGUUGGUAGAACUGGCGCUGGUAAAUCAACAUUAUCUCUUGCCUUAUUCAGGAUUCUAGAACCGACGCAAGGUACUAUAACAGUAGAUGGUGUUGACAUCAGCAAAAUCGGCCUGAGAGAUUUGAGAUCGAACUUAGCAAUUAUUCCACAAGAUGCACAGGCAUUUGAAGGUACCAUUAGGUCGAAUUUGGAUCCUUUUGAGGAAUAUGAUGACGUGGAGUUGUGGAGAGCACUUGAACUUUCUCACCUAAAGCCUCAUAUUGUAAAGAUGGCUAAGGAAGGAGAUGACUCUGAUAAAGUCGGCAGUUUGCUUGACACGAAAGUUAGUGAGAAUGGUAGCAACCUCUCAGUAGGCCAGAGACAAUUGCUAUGUUUAUCAAGAGCUCUGCUUAACAGGUCCAAAAUCUUGGUCUUGGACGAAGCUACGGCCUCAGUUGAUUCGGAAACUGACAGGUUGAUCCAAGAAACUAUAAGAGCCGAGUUCCAAGAUCGUACCAUUCUAACGAUUGCCCAUCGGAUCGACACCGUAUUGGACAGUGAUAAGAUAAUGGUUUUGGACAAAGGCGAACUGAAGGAAUUUGGUAGUCCUGAGAGCUUACUUGCCGAUAAUAAUUCAAUUUUCUACAGUCUCUGUGAGAAAGGUGGAUACCUGAAGAACAGACAAUGA